CCUGAAGCGCUUUGAUUACCAUCCGCACUAUCGGGCAUAAACCAUCACUUUUAUGCUCGGUAAUGUUGGGGAUCGACAUAACGGUAAAACAUGAUUAGUGUGUAAUCGAUAACGUGCUCUCCUGUGGGACCCGAGGUUUCUUGUUUUCUCUCUUUUAAACAUUUGUCAGAACACAGUACCGUUUUAAAUUAUUGUUUUGCACGGGAGAGUUGGAAGGCAUAAUCUCCUAGUGGAGACAAGAUCCUAUCCUGGAUAAAAAUCGACCGUAAGAGAUCUAGAUAAAACCAGCAAACUCGUUCGCCGCUUUAAAGUUUUAAAAAAGUGGAGCAGUGAAAUCCAGAGAAGAAAACUGAGGCAGUAUGAGGCAGAGACGACUGCUGAAGUUUGCCAUAGGACUUGCAGCGGUCUUGUCGCUGUCUGUCGUAGCUGCAGACAGUACUGUGGGAGACAGCAAGACUACCAAACCUGCGGAGCAGAGAGCGAGCAGGUCCAAGCGGAGAGGAGGAGGUCAAGAUGUGCUCAAGGGACCAAAUGUGUGUGGAUCCCGUUUUAACUCGUACUGCUGCCCGGGAUGGAAGACGCUGACAGGAGGAAACCAGUGUAUCGUCCCCAUUUGCCGCAGUUCGUGUGGGGACGGGUUCUGCUCCAGACCUAACAUGUGCACGUGUCCUAACGGCCAGAUCUCGCCAUCCUGCGGCUCCAAAUCAGCUCAGCACUGCAACAUCCGCUGCAUGAACGGAGGCACGUGCAUGGAGGACCAGUGUCUGUGUCAGAAAGGAUACACGGGAGCCCACUGCGGCCAGCCUGUGUGUGAGACAGGCUGUCUGAACGGAGGGAAAUGUGUGGCCCCAAACCGCUGCAUGUGCACUUAUGGCUUCACAGGAACUCAGUGUGAGAGAGAUUACAGGACUGGACCCUGCUUUGCCUCCGUCAGCAACCAGAUGUGCCAGGGCCAGCUGACUGGCAUCGUCUGCACCAAGACGCUCUGCUGUGCCACCGUGGGCCGCGCCUGGGGGCACCCCUGUGAGAUGUGCCCAGCUCAACCCCACCCCUGUCGCCGUGGUUUCAUUCCAAACCAUCGGACAGGAGCUUGUCAAGAUGUGGACGAAUGCCAGGCCAUUCCUGGACUCUGUCAGGGAGGGAACUGUAUAAACACCGUGGGGUCCUUUGAGUGCAAAUGCCCUGCUGGACACAAGUUUAAUGAAGUCACACAGAAAUGUGAAGACAUUGAUGAAUGUGCUAACAUCCCUGGUCUAUGCAGUGGUGGUGACUGUGCAAACACCAUCGGCAGCUAUUUCUGUAGGUGUCCUCCGGGUUACGACACGGCCAUCGAUGGAUCCCGAUGCAUAGAUGUCCGUACUGGAUACUGCUAUGCCAACAUUGUCAAUGGUCGCUGUUCCAAUCUCAACUCUCAGCCAAUGUCUAAGAUUCAGUGCUGCUGUGACAGUGGGCGCUGUUGGUCUGCCCACAGCCUUCCAGAGAUGUGCCCUAUUCGUGGAACAGAUGAGUACCAGAGACUCUGUCUGCGUGUGCAGCCCGUGGGUCCGGAUGGCCCCGGUCCAGUUGGUCCUUACCCUAUUCCCAGUAUACCUCAAAUUCCGGGUCAACCGCCUAUUCCUGGUCGACCCCCAAUUCCCGGUCCACCGCCUAUUCCCGGACUCCCUGGCCCUCCAGAAGUACCCAUCAUUCAGACCCAGAACAUCAGUUUUGUCACUAACAUGUGCGAGGCUUUCCGCAAUUUGUGUGUGAAUGGACGCUGCGUGCCCACCCCGGGCAGCUACCGCUGUGAGUGCAACAUGGGCUUCAAACUGGACAACCGUGGAGAAUGUAUUGAUGACAAUGAGUGCGAGCGCAGCCCAUGUGUACAUGGAGAAUGCGUGAACGUGGAUGGCUCCUACUUCUGCCAGUGUCCCCGGGGCUUCCAAAGCACUGCAACCAGAACUGAGUGCAGAGAUUUGGAUGAGUGUGUAGCCAACGGGCGUAUCUGCAACAAUGGCCGGUGUGUGAACACGGAGGGCAGCUUUCACUGUGUGUGUAAUGCAGGUUUUGAGCUUUCCUCUGACGGCAAGAACUGCCAAGACACGGAUGAAUGUCUGAUCAGAAACAUGUGUCUGAAUGGGAUGUGCAUCAAUGAAGACGGCAGCUUCAAAUGCAUCUGUAAACCGGGCUUCCUCCUGGACGGCACCGGACGCUUCUGUGCCGACAUUGACGAGUGCGAGACGCCUGGGAUGUGUAUGAACGGUCGCUGUGUGAACACAGAAGGCUCCUUUAGGUGUGAGUGCAUGGCGGGUCUGGCUGUGGGUCUGGAUGGCCGAGUGUGUGUGGACACCCACAUGCGGAGCACAUGUUAUGGAGGUUACAGGAGGGGGCAGUGUGUGAGGCCCUUUUUUGGUGCCGUGACCAAGUCUGAGUGCUGCUGUGCCAACGCGCAGUACGCGUUCGGAGAGCCGUGCCAACCGUGCCCGCCUCAGAGCUCAGUUGAAUUCUCGGCUCUUUGCUCCCAUGGUAUUGGAACCACGACCGAUGGCAGAGAUAUUAAUGAGUGCGCUCUUGAUCCUGAGAUUUGUCCAAAUGGUGUUUGUGAGAACAUGCUGAGGACAUACAAAUGUAACUGCAAUAGCGGCUUUGAAGUUGAUUCGACCGGAAAAAACUGCAUCGAUAUCGACGAGUGCGCCGUGAACAGACUGCUGUGUGACAACGGCCUGUGUCGAAACACUCCGGGCAGCUUUACCUGCCACUGUCCCAAGGGCUACGUCUUCCACACCGAGACCAAGGUCUGUGAGGAUAUUGAUGAGUGUGAGUCCAAACCUUGUGUGAAUGGGGAAUGUAAGAACAACCAGGGGUCUUUCGCAUGCAUCUGUUCACAAGGCAGCACCCUAGACAGUUCUGGAACUCAGUGUGUGGAGACGAGCAAAGGGACUUGCUGGCUCAAAGUUAUCAAUGGGCGCUGUGAGAUCAACAUUAACGGAGCCACUCUGAAGUCGCACUGUUGCGCCACGCUUGGGGAGGCAUGGGGGAGUCCCUGUGCCAAGUGUGAACCAGAUCAGCUCUGCUCCAAAGGCUAUGCCCGAGUGAGAGGUUCUGUCUGUGAAGAUGUGAAUGAGUGUGAAGUGUUUCCUGGGGUUUGUAUCAAUGGAAAGUGUGUGAAUACGGUGGGCUCUUUCCUGUGCCAGUGCCCCAGUGGGAUGACUGUGGACGCCACCGGGAGAACAUGCGUCGACCUGCGCACUGAGCAGUGCUUUCUGAGUCAUGAGGAUGAGCGCUGUGGUACGCCCAUUCCUGGGCGUCAUCGUGUAGACGCGUGCUGUUGCUCGGUGGGUGUGGCGUGGGGCCCGGAGUGUGAUGAGUGUCCAGAGAAGGGAACCCCAGAGUUCAAUCAGCUCUGUCCGCGGGGCCCUGGCUUCUCCCACAGAGGGGACUUCAUCAACGGAAAACCCUUCCUGAAAGAUAUCAACGAAUGCAAAAUGAUCCACAGCCUGUGCACCAAUGGGAAGUGUCGUAACACAAUUGGUAGCUUCCGGUGUAAGUGUGACAGUGGAUUUGCCUUGGACUUCGAUGAGAGAAACUGCACAGACAUCGACGAGUGCCGUAUCUCUCCGGAUCUCUGUGGCCACGGCACCUGCGUCAACACGGCGGGAGACUUUGAGUGUGAAUGCUUCCCUGGUUAUGAGAGUGGCUUCAUGAUGAUGAAGAACUGCAUGGACAUAGAUGAGUGUGAGAGAAACCCUCUGCUGUGCCGGGGUGGGGAGUGUGUCAACACGGAGGGAAGCUUCCGGUGCGUGUGUCCGGAGGGCCACGAGAUUGCCCUUGAUGGCUCCGCCUGUCUAGAUAUUAAUGAGUGUGAAUUAAGCGACAAACUGUGCAAGAAUGGCCAGUGUGUGAACAUGAUUGGUCGUUACCAGUGCUCCUGUAACACCGGCUACAAAUCGACUGAAGACAAGCUGUCCUGCAUAGACAUCGAUGAGUGUACCAUUCAGAACGGAGGUUGUGAGACCUUCUGCACUAACUCAGAGGGCAGCUAUGAGUGCAGCUGUAGCCAUGGCUACGCCCUCAUGCCGGACCAGAGGAGCUGCACAGACAUUGAUGAGUGUGAGGACAAUCCAGACAUCUGUGAUGGCGGUCAGUGUACGAAUGUGCCCGGGGAGUACCAGUGCCUGUGCUUCGAUGGCUUCAUGUCCUCUGAAGAUAUGAAGACAUGCCUUGAUGUGGAUGAGUGUGAGCUCAACCCCAAUAUCUGUCUGAGUGGGAAGUGUGAAAACAGCAAAGGCUCCUUCAUCUGCCACUGUGACCUGGGCUACUCCGUCAGGAAGGGCACCACCGGCUGCACAGAUAUUAAUGAGUGUGAGAUCGGUGCCCAUAACUGUGACAGACAUGCCACAUGUACCAACACAGCUGGAAGCUUCAAGUGCAGCUGUGGCCCUGGCUGGAUCGGCAAUGGAGUGAAGUGCACAGACUUGGACGAGUGCUCCAAUGGGACCCACAUGUGCAGUCAUAAUGCAGACUGUAUGAACACCAUGGGUUCCUAUCGGUGUGUGUGUAAGGAGGGCUUCGCCGGAGACGGCUUCUACUGCUCAGACAGCGACGAGUGUGCCGACAACGUGAACCUGUGCGAAAGCGGACACUGUCUCAACAUUCCUGGCGGAUAUCGUUGUGAGUGUGACAUGGGUUUCAUUCCCACCGCAGACGGAAAAGCUUGUGAAGACAUAGAUGAGUGCACCUUCGCAGAUAUCUGUGUGAACGGACGGUGCCAGAACAUUCCGGGGCUGUUCAGAUGUGAAUGUCACAUUGGGUAUGAGCUGGACAGAAGUGGAGGCAACUGUACAGAUAUCAAUGAGUGUGCAGAUCCAACCACCUGUAUCAGUGGAUUGUGUGUCAACACCCCCGGGAGUUACAUUUGUAACUGUCCUCCAGACUUUGAGCUCAAUCCAACACGAGUUGGUUGCGUGGACACUCGAUCUGGCAACUGCUACCUUGAAGUGAGAUCCAGAGGUGAUGCAUCGGAAAGUCUGGACUGCACCAACGAAAUUGGUGUGGGGGUGUCCAAGGCCUCGUGCUGCUGCUCGCUGGGCCAGGCCUGGGGGACUCCCUGUGAGGCCUGCCCUCCUCUCAACUCAUCUGAAUAUAAGACCCUGUGUCCUGGAGGAGAAGGCUUUCGGCCCAACCCAAUUACUGUCAUCCUGGAGGAUAUCAACGAAUGCCAGGAGCUGCCCGGUUUGUGCCAAGGAGGAAAUUGCAUUAAUACGUUCGGAAGCUUUCAGUGUGAAUGUCCGAAAGGCUACGAACUGAACGAGGAGACCAGAGUGUGUGAAGAUGUGAAUGAAUGUGAGCGUCCAGGGAUCUGUGGACCUGGUCAGUGCUACAACACCAUAGGAAACUACACCUGCAUAUGCCCCCCAGACUACAUGCAGGUUAAUGGUGGAAACAAUUGCAUGGAUAUGCGCAGGAGCCUGUGUUACAGGAACUAUUACUCAGACAACGCCACCUGUGACGGCGAGCUCACCUUCAACAUGACCAAGAAGAUGUGCUGCUGCUCCUAUAACAUCGGCCGUGCCUGGAACAAGCCCUGCGAACAGUGCCCAGUGCCCAGCACCAAUGAAUUUGCCAUCUUGUGUGGCAGUGAACGACCCGGCUAUUACAUUGACAUAUACACCGGACAGGUAAUAGAUAUUGAUGAGUGCAGAGAGAUUCCAGGUGUGUGUGAAAACGGAGUGUGCAUCAAUAUGAUUGGCAGCUUCAGGUGCGAGUGUCCAAUGGGAUUUGUCUACAAUGACAAGCUACUCAUCUGUGAAGACAUUGAUGAGUGUCAAAACGGACCAGUCUGCCAGCAGAAUGCUGUGUGUAUUAAUGUGCCUGGGAGCUACCGCUGUGAGUGUAAGCCUGGUUACCGCUUCACCUCCACUGGCCAGUGUCUGGAUCGUAAUGAAUGCAUUGAAAGCCCCAACAUCUGUAACCCCGGACAGUGUAUUGACACAGUUGGAAGUUAUCGUUGUAUAUGCCCCAAUGGAUUCAAGGCGACUUCAGAUUUGUCCAUGUGUAUUGAUGUGGAUGAGUGUGAAAGACAGCCGUGUGGAAAUGGCACCUGUAAAAACACUGUGGGGUCCUAUAACUGUCUGUGCUACCCUGGCUUCCAGCUCUCACACAACAACGACUGUAUCGACACUGAUGAGUGUGCCACUCAGAGAGGCCUGUGCAGGAAUGGGAACUGUAUCAACACCGUGGGCUCCUUCGUGUGCGUCUGUCGGGACGGCUACGAGUUGACGGCCGACGGCAGGAUGUGUGUGGAUAUCAAUGAAUGUGCACAGAAUCCUGGGACUUGUGGUCCUGGAACCUGUCAGAAUUUGGAUGGCUCUUACAGGUGCAUCUGCCCUGUGGGUUACUACAUCAGUGAUGAGAGGUGUGAAGAUAUUGAUGAGUGUGCCCAGACUCCAGACAUGUGUAUCUAUGGCACGUGUCAGAACACACCGGGAAGUUUUAAAUGCGAGUGUCCACCUGGCUUCCAGCUCUCCUCCUCUGGCCGACGGUGUUUGGAUAUUCGGAUUAACUACUGCUACACUAAGUUUGAGAAUGGCAGGUGCCUGGUCCCCAAACCUCUAAACACAACUAAAGGAGACUGCUGCUGCAGUGCCAUGCCGGGCCAAGGCUGGGGAGACCCCUGUGAGAUCUGCCCCAGUCCAACUGAUGACGCCUUUCAUGUCUUGUGCCAUGGCAUUGGCCAGGUCAUUGGGCCGAGUGACAACCCUGUGGAUAUAGAUGAAUGCUCUGGAAACCCGAACAUCUGCAAUAACGGACACUGCAUAAACACAGACAGCUCCUUCCGCUGUGAAUGUCCCUUUGGCUACAGGUUGGACUAUACAGGAGUGAACUGUGAGGAUACCAACGAAUGUGAGCUUGGGAAUCCAUGCGGGAAUGGAACAUGCACGAAUAUUAAAGGGGCGUUUGAAUGUACCUGUGAUGAGGGCUUUGAACCUGGGCCAAUGAUGAGCUGUGAAGAUGUGAACGAGUGUGCCGAGAACCCUCUGCUCUGCGCCUUCCGAUGCGUCAACACCUUCGGCUCAUAUGAGUGCAAAUGUCCCACCGGUUACAUCCUCAGGGAGGACGGGAGGAUGUGCAAAGACCAAGAUGAGUGUGAAGCUGGUCUGGACGACUGUGAGUCUAGAGGGAUGACGUGUAAGAAUCUGAUUGGCACUUAUAUGUGUAUCUGUUCCCCGGGUUACGUAAGACAGCCUAAUGGAGAGGGCUGCAUGGAUUUGAACGAGUGUACAGCGAAGCCUGGAAUCUGUGAGAACGGACGCUGUGAGAACACUGUGGGCAGUUACCGCUGUAAAUGUGACCAAGGAUUCAGCCCAAGCCCCACGCAGACUGAGUGUAUCGACAAUCGGCAGGGCUUCUGCUUCACGGAGGUGCUCCAGACGCUGUGCCAGAUGACCUCCACCAGCCGCAACAGCGUCACUAAAUCAGAGUGCUGCUGCGACGGGGGCCGUGGUUGGGGCACCAACUGUGAGAUAUGCCCCCUCCCUGGCACCACCCAGUUUAAGAAAAUGUGCCCGCUGGGUCCAGGCUACACCACUGACGGCCAAGACAUCGACGAAUGCCGUGUCAUGGGUAACCUGUGUAAGAACGGGCAGUGCGUGAACUCGCUCGGCUCCUACAGCUGCAUAUGUAAACCAGGUUACACCGCUGACAUCACUGGAACCAUAUGCAUAGAUGUCGAUGAGUGUAUCCAGGCUCCAAAACCAUGCAACUUCAUUUGUAAGAACACGGAUGGAAGCUACCAGUGCUCCUGCCCCAGGGGAUACAUUCUCCAGGAGGAUGGGAAGAGCUGCAGAGAUCUGGAUGAGUGUUCGACCAAACAGCAUAACUGUCAGUUCCUGUGUGUCAACACCAUCGGAGGCUUUACCUGCAAAUGCCCCCCAGGCUUUACUCAGCAUCAUACUGCCUGCAUUGACAAUAAUGAGUGUGCCACAGACCCAGGCCUCUGUGGGCCAAAUGGUGUCUGCCAGAACAGUCCUGGAAGCUUCAACUGUGAGUGCCAGCGCGGCUUUUCACUGGAUCCAAGCAGCCAACACUGUGAAGAUAUGGAUGAAUGUGACGGGAAUCAUCGGUGUCAGCACGGCUGUCAGAAUCUGGUGGGUGGGUACAGGUGCAGUUGCCCCCAGGGUUACCUACAGCACUACCAGUGGAAUCAGUGUGUCGAUGAGAACGAAUGUCAGAACAGUCAGAUCUGUGGCAGUGCGUCCUGUCACAACACUCUGGGGAGCUUCCGCUGCCUGUGUCCCACCGGCUUCAGCUAUGAGCAGAUGAGUGGAGGCUGCCAGGACGUCAAUGAGUGCUCCUCAUCCCAGAACCCCUGUAACUACGGCUGCUCCAACACUGAGGGCGGAUACCUGUGUGGAUGCCCUCCAGGCUACUUCAGGGCAGGACAAGGGCACUGUGUCUCUGGGGUGGGCUUUGGCAGCGCAGCCCCCACCAGCCUCCAGCCAGGAGACAGUGAUGACAACUCUCUCUCACCAGAGGCCUGCUAUGAGUGUAAAAUCAAUGGCUAUCCUAAAAAGGGCAGGAGGCGCAGAAGUGCGAACGGAACCGCGGAAGAGCCUUUCGGAGAUCUACAGGAUGUUCAGGACACCAUCAGCCUGGCGAGUGUUGACACGGAGGACACAAUUCAGUUCAGUUUGAACAUCAGUGAACUGAGUAGCAAACAGCACAUACUCGAGCUCACCCCUGCCCUGUCCACACUCACCAACCACGUGCGUUAUAUGAUCGACUUCGGCAAUGAUGACGGCCUGUUCAAAAUCAACCAGAGAGAUGGUAUAAGCUAUCUCCACUUCGCCAAGAAAAAAGCUCUCCUGCCUGGAGCGUAUUAUUUACAAAUCAGCAGCGUGCCUCUGUAUAGGAAGAAAGAACUGGCCCAUCUGGAGGACAACUAUGACAAAGACUACCUCACUGGACAGCUGGGAGACACACUGAGAAUCAAAGUUCAGAUUGUUCUCCAUUAGCUUGGACAACAGCGGAAUGGUUUGGCACCAAAGAGACAGCGGGGAAUACACUGGUGAUUCCCAAAGAUGAUUCCGCAUAUCAUAGAUACAAUCUCAUAACAUUGGGGAUUUUUUUUAAUCAUUUAAGUAUGGAAAGAAAUCCUUUCAAUGACUCACUUGACAAUAACCAAUUUGUAAGGCAUUGUCCAGGAAGGCUUUGAAUGAGGUUUUGUAUGAUGAUAUGUUGAAUCCUAAAACACUUAUUGGGGCAUGUAGACUGUAAGAAGGCACUGAUGCUGAGACUCUUAACUGCUUAGCAGAGGUUGAAGUUUUUGUUUAAGCUUGACAGACACCGCUUCAUUACUGCUUUCUCCCAUCUUUUCUGCAGAUUAGAUCAGUGUUAAUCAUAUUUACUGGUGCUAAUAAUAUGUCAACAUAGAUUUAUGAAUUCACUGUAAUUUUCUACUAGAGCAAAAUUCUUACUAGGAGCCAGAAUGCAUUUUCGGCAACUGUUUGACAAUUUCAGGUGUCUUAGCAACCAGCCGAACUGAGCUCAUUAGCCUCUCUGUCCCCAGUUACGCCUAUGCUACAUGUAAAUGGAGUGUGUCUAUACUGUAAUCAUGCCACUUUUAAUCUCGGAAACAUUUGUAAACAAGAUAAAGCCCAAAAUCUGAGGGUUUUGUAAUGGUGCUUAUUAUGACCAACUACUUUUUAAAACUGUGUACACCAUGUUGAAAAGUAUCUGUGACUCCAAAAUCUAUGCACUGAGGUCAUCAUGGCCACACACGUUUUCUCAAGAAAUAUCAGUGCUGUCGUUCACGAUGUCAUGAAUACCAUCCUUAAGCAUAAGUUCUGUGUUCACAUCAGUGAAGGGUUAAAUUGUAAAUUCACAAUAAAAACAUAUUUUUGGUUUUAA